UGGAGUGGCGUUCGCUCAGCUAAAAGCUAAUACAUUGUUGCAAAUACUCGCACAUUUUCGCUGAACAAGGCAUUAAAAUGCUGUAUUUUACUCACACACCACUCCGUUUGCGUAAUAAGCAAAAAGCCCUUAGUUGAGCUAAAAAUAAACUCACCAUAUUUGACGGUGAACAGCUGAAGCUAACAUAUGCGGCUAACAGCGGCAGCGGAAGCUCGCUGUGGGAAUUCAGUCACAUUGGGUGCAUUUAGUUUGUGACUUUUGUAGGUAGAAGGUGGAAAAUGGCUGAGGCUGUCGCAAAUGUGGCCCGUCGGAUCAAUGCAACUGUGGAAGAGGGUAAAGAUCAUUUAGAUUUGUCGAAUUGCCAGCUGAUAUCCUUUCCAGAUGGUGUGUUCAAGGUCCUGAAGAAUGUGUCUGAAAACAUCCGCACCAUCACUCUGGCUGACAAUGAAAUGAAGGCUAUUUCCAGCAAGUUUUUUUCAACCUUCACCCAACUCAGAGAACUGGACCUGCAUGGGAACAUCCUCACCAAACUGCCGGAUUCAGUGGAAGAAAUGGAGCAUUUAACUAGCAUAAACUUGGCCAACAACAAGUUCUCUUCCUUUCCUGAUAAACUUACUGAAAUAGCAACACUGGAGAGGAUUAAUCUGGAGGGAAACUGUAUUACUGAAAUUCCAGUGGAGAAACUGUCAGCCAUGCCAGCAAUGAAGUGGCUCAACGUGAAGUUGAACCCAUUGGACCCAGACACCCAAUCUGCUCUGAAAUCUUUGCACAAAUUUGACGUUUUGUCAACAACGGAGUCAUAAGAACUGAGAGAAUGCCUGCAUGAUGUGUGCCUUGUACUCCUUACACUAAAGUGGGAUUUAGAAAUCAGGAAACGUAUUAUGAUGCAUUUUAUGAACAUGGUUUUUAAAUGACAUAUUUAUUAAUUUUGUGAACAUAAA